GGCCAGCCCCCGGCGCCCGCGGCGUCCAUCGCCGCCGUGCCGACGGGGGAGGUGUCCGAGCCCGCCUCGGUCUGCGCCAUCUGCAAGGACGACCUCCCUCUCGCCGUCGCCGCGCGGAGGCUCCCCUGCGGUCACCUCUAUCACUCCGUUUGCAUCGUGCAGUGGCUGGAGAUGCACAAUUCCUGCCCUGUCUGCCGCUCUUGCCUCCCGCCCACCAUCCUCGAGGAGGUGGAGCCCCAGGAACUGGAUCGGCCACCAACACAGAUCACUAUCAGGUUUACCACCAACCGCCGCCGCAUCCGCACAAACAGUGAUGCAGUGGCUCCGGUCGCGACAUCGCCUACUCAGCUCGCAGAGGCGAUGACAGGGGAAGGAGGUGCUGGACCUGCGAAUAGCGCAGAAACUGUAUCGUCUGAAUGGCCACCGCCCCCAGAAUCUGAUGCCGUCGUGUCAGAGACCCGUGAGAUUGAGGGCUUCUUUGAUUGAGCCAGAAGAUAGAGUUUGCAGGUAUGAACAUCUUAUGACUAGUGUCCAUGGAGCAUGAAUUGAACUUCUGUUUAGUGGACUAAUCAGUUGCAGUGAAGCCAGUACUUUGGUUCGGUGAUAUGGACUAGUUGAGUUACAUUUGCUUGUGUGUUCUAUCUUCUAUGCUAGUUGAUCGAUGGUAAGCUGGAAUAGCUUAUAAUCAUAUGAACAUUCAUAUGUAGCUGAACUUGGAGUUAUUAUACUUACUUUGGACCGCAUGUUAGCUGAUAUGUUUGGUGAUAUAUGUGUUUUCUGUUGUUAAUUUUGUAAGUCUUGUACCUUGUACACUCUUUUUUGGUACAACUGUAAUUAUUUGUCGAGAGUUGUUAUUUUUUUAAAGAUGUUCUAUAUAUCCAAACGUGAUGAACAGGUUAUUUGCUC